AUGACCAUCCACAUAGAGGGACUUGUGGCUAUAGCGGUCUUCUAUCUUCUGAUCCUGUUUGUGGGCAUCUGGGCAGCAUGGAAGAACAAAAACUCGGGAGAAGCGGAGGGCACGGACCGCAGCGAGACGAUCAUGGUUGGAGGCAGAGACAUUGGCUUAUUUGUUGGAGGCUUUACAAUGACAGCAACGUGGGUUGGAGGAGGGUACAUCAAUGGCACAGCUGAGUAUGUGUAUUUACCAGGUUAUGGUUUGGCUUGGGCACAGGCUCCCUUUGGAUAUGCUCUCAGUCUAGUUGUUGGCGGUCUCUUUUUUGCUAAGCCCAUGCGCUCCAGAGGUUACGUCACCAUGUUGGACCCGUUCCAGCAACUGUAUGGCAAACGUAUGGGUGGUCUGUUAUUCAUACCGGCUCUGAUGGGUGAGAUCUUCUGGUCAGCCGCCAUUUUGUCUGCACUUGGGGCUACGCUGAGUGUUAUUGUGGACAUCAACAUCAAGAUGUCUGUGGUCAUCUCAGCUCUCAUUGCGAUCUUUUACACAUUGGUUGGUGGGCUUUAUUCAGUGGCUUACACUGACGUGGUGCAGCUCUUCUGUAUAUUUGUUGGUUUGUGGAUCAGUGUCCCCUUUGCUCUGACUAACCCAGCAGUGGCAGACAUCACAGUGACUGCUGUGAAGCAGGUGUACCAGUCACCCUGGAGAGGCAGCGUCAGCACGAGUGACACCUGGGUCUGGAUAGAUAACUUCUGCCUCUUGAUGUUGGGUGGUAUCCCAUGGCAGGUGUACUUCCAGCGUGUACUGUCUGCCUCCUCCGCCACAUACGCCCAGGUGUUGUCCUUCCUUGCUGCGUUCGGUUGCCUCGUCAUGGCCGUCCCCUCCGUCCUCAUCGGCGCCAUCGGGGCCUCCACAGACUGGAACCAGACGACGUACGGUGGUGUCUCCCCUAAAGAGAAGAAUGAGGCAGACAUGAUUUUACCCAUUGUCCUCCAGCACCUUUGUCCCCCCUUUGUGUCCUUCUUUGGUUUGGGAGCUGUCUCCGCGGCCGUCAUGUCCUCUGCAGACUCCUCUAUUCUGUCAGCCAGCUCCAUGUUUGCCAGGAACAUCUACCAGCUCGCAUUCAGACAGUCGGCCUCCGACCGUGAGAUUGUGUGGGUCAUGCGCAUCACCAUCUUUGUAUUCGGUGGACUGGCCACAGUGAUGGCGCUGGUCACAGGAACAGUCUAUGGCUUGUGGUACCUAAGCUCUGACCUGGUUUACGUCAUCAUCUUUCCUCAGCUCAUCGCCGUCCUCUUUGUCAAAGGCACCAACACAUAUGGUUCUGUAGCAGCGUACAUUUUCGGCUUGGUGCUGCGUAUUGGCGGAGGAGAGCCCUACCUAAAACUACCACCUUUUAUCUACUACCCCGGCUGGACCACUGAGAAAUACCUGAACAACAUUUCAGGAGAAAUGGAGGAUGUUGUCAUACAAAAAUUCCCUUUCAAAACCGUGUCCAUGUUGGCUUCUUUUGCUGGUAAUGUGGCUUUCUCAUACCUGGCCAAGUACCUGUUUGAGAGUGGCAAGCUUUCACACAAGUACGACUUCCUGGAUGCAGUUGUAUCUAAGCACAGUGCCGAGAUUAUGGACAAAACGACUCUGGUGGCGCGUGGGAACAACAUCGGCCUGUCGGAGAUGGCGUCAGUGAAGCCAAGGCUGAGCGUGACUUUGGCUGCGGCAUUCACGCGCCGAGACACACUGCCCACAGAACCAGUGGAGGAAGAGGAGGAGGAGUCUAGUCCUGACUCCUCCCACCAUGACGAAGAGUGA